AAGACGAGAGCUCUGACAGUCGGCCACUCAUCCCGGGAAGAGCACAGAAGUUACUGGACGUGCAGAGCCAAACCCUCCGGCGCACCCACACACCCAGACGAGAUUCACAAGGGACAGUUGGAGCAUUUUUGACGCAAGACGCGCACGGACUGCAGCGCACCGAGCACACUUGGACCAGACAGUUCACCUACAUUAAUCCGCGAACUACCUGCAGCCUAACAUGGAGCGCAAAAUCCCUGAUUUCGCCGGCACCUGGGAGAUGAAGAGUUCUGAAAACUUCGAGGAACUUUUGAAAAAGUUGGGCGUGAACGUGAUGCUGCGUAUGAUCGCGGUGAAGGCAGCCUCCAAGCCACUGGUGGAGAUCACGCAGGACGGAGAGACGCUGUCCAUUAAAACCUCAACCACAGUCCGCACCACCCACAUUAACUUCACUGUGGGGCAGGAGUUCAACGAGGCCACGGUGGACGGACGUCCCUGCACGAGUUUUCCACGUUGGGAAACCGACAGUAAGAUCAGCUGUGAGCAGACGCUGCAGAAAGGAGAAGGGCCUAAGACGUCCUGGACCCGAGAGAUCACCAAUGACGGAAAACUUAUCCUGACCAUGGGUGCAGAUGAUGUGAUAUGCACCAGAGUCUACGAGCGACAAUGAACAAGAGCACUUCUCACUUUUCGUCCUUCCAGCCCCCCUCUCCUGCAUCACCACUUGCAUCCCAACUCUCCCUUUGUAAAGGCAGUGCUGGGAGAUAGCAGUCUAUAGUUAUUCCAGUAUCUCUGUUAGCUUCACUAUGUAAUUAGUGUGGUAACUGUAUCUAGUAGGUUACAUAUCUACACGAUUGUCUUAGCUCCCGAGUUAUCCCCCUGUCUCUCCAGCUGGGCUUUCAACAUGAAAAUGUAUGUUGGAUUUGUUAAAUGACAGCUCAUUUAUUUGGCAUUGUGUGUGUGUGUGUGUGUGUGUGUGUGUGUGUGUGUGUGUGUGUGUGUGUGUGUGUGUGUGUGUCUGUGUCUGUGUGUGUGAGAAAGUUUUGUGGCAGCAGAAGAGGUAUGAGACUAUAUUUGUAGGUGUGUAAACCAAUCUUUGAGCUCUUCCAGUUUCGGGUCAGUUUUGAUGCGCCCAUCCUCUCUGUUCUUUAGCCCCGCCGUACAACUUUAAUCUUUUCUAUCUCAUGACAACAUUUUAUAUUUAUUACUACACUAGGAGUCUGAUACAGUACUGCUAAAGUUUUUACUUUGUGUCUCUUUUAUAUGAAAUGUGACCAUAGGAAACAACACUUUCUAUGGGAAAACAAUAAAGCAUGAUAUUAA